CUCUAGCUAAUCCUAUCAUCAUCAAAAUCAGAUCAAUAGCCAUCUCUCUAGUAACCAAGCACCUAAAUACAUGGAGAAAAGCAAAUCAUGUCCAGGGAAGUACUACAACACAUCAUCAACAUCAGAAAAUAGUAAUGGGUUUUUUGGUGAUGGGUUAGCAGGCUUUCAACCAAGUAUUAGAUCCAAAUCAUAUAAUUUUAAUGGUCCAAGUAGAAAAGAUAAUCUCGAAGCAAAGAGAAAGAAGAGAAUAGCAGCUUAUAAUAUGUUGGAAAUGGAAAUUAAACUCAAAUCCACUGCUAAAAAUGGUGUUAAGUGGAUCAAAUCCAAGUUUACUGAAAUCCGUUACGGUAUGUGAACUGUGAUGCUGAUAAGUGUGACUGAUUUAAUCAGGUAACAGUGUUUAGUACGUAGCCAUAUUUUUCAUACUUUUUUUACUGUAUGUAUUGCUGUCCCAUGUUAUGAUGAUGGGAUACGGAUACAGCAACAGUUUUAGUACCAAAAAUAAGCUUGACCGAGGGUUUUCUUGAAGCUUUUAACGAGAAAAUUCUAGUGACUGUUUUCAUGACAAGAUUUUGAGCUUGUGUUAAAGCUUUUCCAUUUUUUUAUUUAAUCUUUGUAAUAAUCAGUACGAGACUAGGAGUUACCAAAGAUGAAUUUUUAAGCUCACGCUAAGAGUUUUAUAAUAGCAUCAAUAUUACAUCAUUUUCUAUUUCCCAGACACUGGGAAUAGUAACCGCUGUUACAAGAGUUCGAACCCUCAACUUAUCCUGGGGGAGGAGGAGGGUAGAAAGGAAGAAAUCUACUAUACAUGGAAGGAUCGUUCGCCAGACUAAGAGUUUUAAUUUCGCUGCUUUGCUAGGGAUGUAAGAUUCGUGAAAAUAACAAAAUGAAACUAAAGUAAUUAUGUGCAUGUGUUUUGCAAUGGAUAAUCAUGGUCCAGGUAUAUUAAUUGAUAUUGUGAUGAUAAAUUUUUUCUUCUCCUAAAGAAUGAUGAUAGUUUGAUGUAAAGGAACAAAUUUUGUAAUUUUCUCGUGAUUUUGGUGGACAUGUAAUACAAAUCAUUUUGACCAUGGUGCAUCACAUGGGGUGUUGCUGAUUUUCUUUAAUGACGGCUGAUUUGUAGAGCAUGAUGAAUAAUGUUCAAUGGACGAUUUUGGUUCUACAUUCACUUCAUCAUAGGAUUUUUUUUCCUGAAAAUAAAAAGGUUAGGGGUUAUUUUGUGUUUCCUCCACUUCCAA